GGGAGACGAUAAGACGCUGAUAAAUUUUCUAGAGUGAAAGAAAAGGAUCUCUCUCUCUCUCCACCGCCAGAACCUUGAGCGCAAACACAAAGAGGAAGAGAAAUACACUAUAUUUACAGCCAUUUCCAUCCCAUCAGUAAGUGGACACACCUCGGGCUUCGUAACUAGACGCGCUUGCGGUUAUUUGUACGUUUUCAUCGCUGCCCCAUUCAUCAACCUGCUCGCGAUAGAUAAGCCCGGCGGAGACGUAUCGAUCCAGCGAGUCAUGGCGAAAGAGCCGGAGCGGAACAGCUGCCUUCUGCGCGAUCUCCGGCAGCGAGCCGGUAAUGACAUCUGCGCGGACUGCGGCGCUGCAGAGCCGGAUUGGGUGUCUGUGACGCUGGGUGUGUUCGUGUGUCAGGGAUGUUCGCUCAUCCACAGAAGUAUUCUCAGCCUCAGCCAGGUCAAGUCUGUGCUGCAGGACACAUUUGAAGAUAAAGAAAUAGAGUUUAUCACCUCUAUGGGGAAUGAAGCAGCAAAGGCCAAAUACGAACAGCAAGUUCCUCCGUUUUAUUACCGCCCCUCCCACACAGACUGCAGGAUUUUGAGGGAACAGUGGAUCAGAGCCAAGUAUGAGCGACUGGAGUUUAUAUACAUCGAGAGACAAGAGCCUUAUUCAGCAGGGUACAGAGAAGGGUUUCUAUGGAAACGUGGUCGAGACAACGGACAGUUCCUCAGUCGCAAGUUCAUUCUGUCUGAAAGAGAGGGAGCGCUGAAAUACUUCAACAAACACGACGCGAGAGAACCAAAGGCCAUAAUGAGGAUUGAAACCCUAAAUGCUACUUUCCAGCCAGCUAAAAUAGGAAACCCCUUCGGCCUGCAGAUCACCUAUCUCAGAGACAACAGCACCAGGAAUAUCUUUGUGUACCAUGAAGACAGUAAGGAAAUGGUCGACUGGUUCACUGCAAUCCGGGCAGCACGGUUUCAUUACCAGAAGGUGGCAUUUCCUGGAGCUAAUGAUGAGGACCUGGUACCCAGACUUACAAGGAACUUCAUGAAGGAAGGUUACAUGGAGAAAACAGGCCCACGGCACACAGAGGGCUUUAAGAAACGAUGGUUCACCAUGGACGACAGGAGACUAAUGUACUUUAAAGAUCCCUUGGAUGCAUACGCACGUGGCGAGGUGUUCAUCGGCAGUAAGGAGAACAGCUAUACGGUGGUGCCUGGCCUGCCGCCCGCUACCCAAGGAUACCACUGGAAGUACGGGAUCACUAUUGAAACUCCUGACAGGAAGUUCCUGUUCGCUUGUGAAACAGAAGCAGAGCAGAAGGACUGGAUCGCUGCCUUUCAGAGAGUCGUCAACCGACCCAUGAUGCCGCAGGAGUACGCAGUCGAGGCUCAUUUCAAGCACAAGCCUUGAUGCCGGCUGCAGACCGGCUGAUAUGCUACAGGCGGGACAGACUGGACAAUCAACAGCAAAAUCUGUCCAAUGGCGUACAUGGAAGUGCUCCGGACAGAGCGAGUGCAUUGAAACAGCCCCUUCCUACCUUGAUUUGGUACUAAAGAACUGGACACUGGACUGUGUUGACAACGUCUCCAGCAGCAACGCUGAAGCUUAGUUGUCGUGAAUGUCACUAUGUGUUACCAAAGCAGACAUACUGGUGUCGUCAGCCAAGCUACUGUACAAAUAUGGCAUGUGAAUGUUGUUCAUCGCUCUUAAACGUAACAUUUAAUCUGUAAAUUACAAGGUGAGCAACGUCACAAAACGGUUGCGGUUUUUUUUCCCAGUGUGUUUUGACUGAUGUUAUUUAUUGGAUUAUCCAAGCAAAUGCUGCUGUGAAGAGUAGUGGAUCCUCUGACGCUACGCAACAUGACUACACUGCAAAAAAUGAUUUCUUACUCAGUAUUUUUGUCUUGUUUUGCAGUACAAAUAUCUAAACAUUUAAUUGAGAAGCAGAAUGCCAUGCGAUUUCUUUGUUUUCUGGAAAAAAAAAAGAACCUAAAUUGAGAUUUUGCCUAAAGAAGACAUCCCUUUCACAAGAUGUAAUAUACUAAUAAGUCUCUGGUGUCUCCAGAAUGUGUCUGUGAAGCUUCAGCUCAAAAUCCCCCACAGAUCAUUUAUUAUAGCUUGUCAAAUUUGCCCCUAUUUGGGUGU